AUGGUCGACUGCCCCGUCUGCUGUGAGAUCUUUCAAGAGCCAAAGGUCAUCCCCUGUGGACAUAUUAUCUGUCGCUUAUGUCUUGUGAUGUGGUUGGAGGCGCGAGACAUGGAGGCCGGGUGUCCUCUGUGCCGCUACCCUAUAUUCGAACUGCGUAUACCCGGAUAUCCAAGCAGACUGAUCGCCGAGACGGUGGCCAAUGCGUUACCCACGGACCUUGACAUCAUGGCGACUGCACGCGGUAGGCGUGACGUAACACCCGAAACGUGCCUCUGGUGUGAGGGGCUCCUGUGCACCUUGGGCAACACCCCGAGUCCACUCUGCCCAGGAAAACAAGAUCCACAGGAUGCUGCCCGGCGCGAGGAAGCCUGUAGAGAAUCAUUGAAGGCGGUGUCCGCAAAGAUAAAGGAGAUGGUGGACCACACCAUCAGGAUGCAGGACUUCCUCAAAGGAACCGAAGAAGAGUUCCGCGGUGUGGUAGCCCACAGUGACACCGUGGGGCACAUGAAAGUGCAGGCAGUGCAGUUGGUGCUUAAGGUGCAAAACCAGCUGGUGGAACUUAGAACUGUCUUAUUGACACAUAAGCAUCUCCUUCGGCGUCUGCAAGAAAGCCGUGACUCCGUGGUUACCCUCGUCAUGACGGAGCCCAUGAAGGACAGGAUGAAUUUCCUGAUGAAGAAGUUGAGAAAUCUGGAGCAAGGCUACAUGGAAGAAUCGCGGAAGCUGUGCAGGUCGACGAGAACGUAA